GAUUACUGUCACUCACUUUUAACCGAGGCACAAUCAGAGACGCGCGUAUCACAGACAUACAACCGCGGAAAACUAUCGUACCAGAGAGGUUCUGUCAAGUGUUCGACAAAUACCCGACGUGUUUGCCGUCAUCUUACGACACGUAACCGUUCAACGAGUCAGUUUGUUCUUCGAACACGAGAAGCAUGAAACGCAACGUUACAAAACUAUUUUUCAUUUCGUGCAUUUUAUGCAUUGUGAAUCAAUCAGAGUGCUACAAGAUCUUGGCCAUUAUUUCGACACCAUCUUACAGUCAUCAAAUUCCGUAUCAACCGUUAUGGCUCGAAUUGCACGCACGUGGUCACGAAAUUGUGUUGGUUACUACGAAUCCUAUAGAGAAUAUUAACUCGCCGAAUUUCACUCAAAUCGAUAUAAGUGUGAAUUACAAUUCUUUAAGAGCCAUAGACUUUGUCAAGCUGCGAUUCGAAAAAGUUGAUUGGAUAGAAACACUAGAAAAAUAUUUAUUAUCUUUGUGUUCUUCCUUCGAGGUUCAAGUAUUUAAUUCCACAGAAAUACAAAAACUAUAUGCACCGGAUAGCAAUAUAAAAUUCGAUGUCUUCUUAACGGAAUUUCUCUAUAUGCCGGCUAUGUACGCCUUUGCCUACAGAUUUAACGCUUCGUUAAUAGGGUUAAGUUCGUUAGGAUUGCUUAGUAUAAAUGAUUUUGUACUUGGAGGAGCAGUACUUCCUUCUCAUGAAUACUUAUGGGAAAAUGAAGGAAAUACAGGCAUAAAUUUACCGUUUUAUAAAAGGUUGCAUAAUUUUGUGAAAACAUGGCGUUUACUGUUACAUCUGAAUUUCAAUAUAUUCCCCAAGGAGCAGAAAUUGGCAGAGCAAUAUUUUGGGCCUUUGCCGCCUUUGAUAGAUAUUAUGAAGAAUGUUAGCAUGAUUUUUAUUAAUGAAGCCGAUGUUUUAACACCGGGACGACCAAUACUUCCAAAUAUAGUUAGAUUCAGUUCUUUUCACGUAUCUGAAAAUCCAGAUCCUUUGCCGAAGAAUUUACAAAAAUUUUUAGACGAUGCAAAAGAAGGUUUCAUCUAUUUCAGUCUCGGUAGUAACGCAAGAAGUUCUACUAUGCCAAAAGAAAUUAAACGUAUAUUUUGUAAUGUUUUCGCAAAAUUACCGUACAAAGUUAUAUGGAAAUACGAAGAAGAUUUAUCUGAGAAACCAAAAAAUGUUUACAUCGGAAAAUGGUUGCCUCAACAAAGUAUUCUUGCUCAUCCGAAAAUUAAGUUAUUUAUUUAUCAAGGAGGCGUACAAAGUAGUGAAGAAACUAUUCGCUUCGCAGUACCAGUUCUUGGUUUUCCAAUAUUAGCAGAUCAAGAUUACCAAGUAAGAAGAAUGGAAGCUCUUGGUAUUGGAAAAUAUUUAGAAAUUACGACAUUUACGGAAGAUCAACUUAAAAAUGCUAUUUAUGAAUUAAUAAAUAAUAAGAAAUAUAAAGAAAGAAUACUUAUUAUUCGAGAUCAAAUUAAAGAUACACCUUACGAUACCGUGAAACAUCUCGCUUGGUGGACGGAAUAUGUAGUACGAACAAAAGGUGCCCCACAUCUUCGCUCUACAUUAGCUUUAGAACCUUGGUAUCAACGUUUUGAUAUGGACAUUGUAGUAUUCUUGGCGAUAGUGACAUGUAUUAUUGUUUCAAUUUUGUUUUAUAUAAUUAUUAAGCUUCUUGUGUAUCUUUAUAAGAUAUCACAGAUUUCUACGAAUAAAAAACAAAAGAUAACUUAAAAUCAAGUUAUCUUCACAAUAUCAAAUUAGUGUCAAUAUUAAAAAACAAAUAAUUCCAUAAAUAAAAAACUAGUUAGAAUUAUUAUAUCGUUUUUGUCGAAUUAUUGAAAUUAUUAUGCUCUCGAUGAUGAUAAUAAUUUUUAUUUAAUAAUUAUUAUUAUUGACAGGCCUUUGUGUAUCAUAGAAAAGUUAUGACACUACGAUAUAAUAAUAUUGUUAAUAACUAAGUUAAUAUUUUACUAUUUAUAAUUUGACAAAUAAAUCAUAACUGACAUUUUUAUCAUA